GUGUCGAUGUGAGCAGAGGAGACGCAAAUACGGAAGAAGACUCACAAAGUGAAACUAAAGUGGUACCGCUGUUACACUGAUUUGGUGUGCGUCUGACCUUGUCAGGUCACCUUUGUAAGAUAUUUAAAACAUGUCCUUUGUAAGUGAUAAAUUGUACAAUGACUACAUUCGGCCCAACAUGUACCGCUAUGUGGAAAGAAUCAAGGCAACCCAGGUGUUAUCAUUUAUUUCCUGUCUCACUGACAUGGACAAGGAGGAAAUUAAUGCCAAAAAUGAUAUGUGUGGUAAUCAUGUUGCUAUGCAGAGGUUUUUCGAUUGUCUCAAGCGCAGAAGAAACUGGCCAAGCGAGUUUAUUAUAGCUCUUAAAAGGCUUGAGCAGGAUGACCUGGCCAGCGAACUCGAGAGAGAGUAUUCCAGACUCAACAACCCUCAGAGUGGCAACACAGUCCCUGCUCCCCAGCAACAAACUGCCCCUUCUGUAUCAGUUGCUCCACCAGCAGUAGCUCCUUCUCUACAUCCUAGUCCCCUGCAUUCUGCCCCCAUAGCCCGACCUGCAGUCCACACCUAUGGAAUUCAGUCACCCCCUCCACCUUACUCUGCUACCCAGGCCCCUAAUAAUCCAGAUGUAUCCCCAGCAGUUGCAACUCCUUCACAGAAUCCUCCAGAAUCUCUUGCUCAGGUCUUACAUUCUCCUUCUCAGUCUCCCCUCGCUCCUCCAUAUCCUGUAUCUAAUGCCAGUGUUCAGACAUUCUUGCCACCAAACCUCCCUCAGGGUGCUACUUCCCACUCUCAUGACUACCGUGCAACCUCUCAAUCAGAGCCAGAUGGUGCCCCUGGCCCUUCUGCAGUUUCGUCCAGUCCGGAGGGGAACAGCAGAAGAUACCAGGUUGAGCUUAAGUCCCCAGUUCAGGAAACUGGACCUCCACAUACCAACUAUAAUGCAGUGCCAAGUGUUAUGGGACAUCCAGAUAGCAACUCUGAUACAGUAAGAAAUCAGACUGACACAAACCAUCAGCUUACAGGGACACCCCAGGAAAGCAGAAUCAGUAGGUCUGUGGAUUCUUGCGGGAGGCCAUCUGCAGGCCCUGGCUACCCUCAGGUCAUCUCAUCAAUCAGAGGGACCACUACAGAAUCCAUGAAAGAAGAAUAUUUAAGUAAGCCUGGCAUACUAAGAUCAACCAAUAUUGAUAAUCAGCCUUGCUCUGUGAGCUACAGUCGGCUUGAGAUUUCUGGUGGUGUAACAGAAAACCCCUCCAUAUCUGGUGUCAGACAGGUCCCUGAGAACCCUAUCAGGGGAAUGCCACCCAGUGGGCCUGAAGAUAACAGUAGCCUGUCCCAUGACACCUCUGCGUCGUCUCUCUGCCUAAGUGCUGUGCACAAUAGCUCCUUCAACACUGAAGAAUACAACAAAGAGGAGAAGAUCCAGGCGUUACAGGGCUAUCAGAACCCAAGUCUGAUGGAGAGUUUCGUGGAUGUUAAUAACCCCCAUAUGAUACAAGAUCAGCAUGACACUUUCCAAAAACUUGCUCAAAGUCCCGAAACAAGUGGGGCACGUGGUCCUUUGGAAAACUGUACCGUUAAUGGAGGAGAGCACAGCAAGGGAAAUAGAACAAGCUCAACUGAACCAUGGCACAGUCAUCAUAGUACAAGUGGAAGAGAAACCACAGAGCUGUACGAAAUGCCGGAGGUGACUUCCAGUUUCUCAGAUGUGAGACAGAAUGAGAUGCACCAUUCACAAAAUCCUAGUAUCGAUGAUCAAGCUCCAAAUCAGUUUGUAGGCUUCAGAAAAGAAAAGAAUUGUCAUUCAUGGUCUGACUCAGAGUGUCCGCAUGCAAGUUCACAUCCACGCGAGCGAGAGAAUUUACGAUCCGUCCCACUGCAGUCCCCUGGAAACAGCCAGAGAGAGCCCAGAGGUGAUGCAAGUAGGCAGUUUGAUGCCUACCUUGUCCCAGCGAUUGCCAUUGCUGCUUUAUCAGUUGUUGCUGUGCUGUCGUGGCGAUAUAUAAAAAAGUAGGCUGCCUAUGAAAAUCAAAGUACAGUAGUCCAUCGCGUAUCCGAUUGCGGUGGGACCAGAGUAAGGGCGGAUAUGUGAAAAGUCAGAUAAAUUAAUCCUGUUUUAAAUACACAGCUGUAAC